CGGCCAUGGCUCCUGCGCCUCCGCUGGCAGGAGCGUCUCGGGGGAGCCGUCGGUGCGAGGCUGCCUAGGAUGAACGCUCUGGAGGGGCAGCAGCCCCCCAGCGCCCACGACCUGCUGGACGUGGCUGCCGUCUACUGCGACAACCUGAGCCUCUUCCCGCCCCCUCAGAGACCCCCGGGGGCCCACCCCGGCGGCUACAGCAUGGGGGAAUCGGGAGGCGGCAGCCCUUACCUGUGGCUCAAUGGCUCGGCCGUGCCGUCCAGCCCUUACCUGGCCGCCGGGCCCAAUGGAGCCGCCGCCGCCGCCUCCUUCCUGCCCUCGGCCUAUGGCGCCGCUGGCGCCCGGCAGCUGCUGGGCGCUCCGUCGGCGGGGCCCGAACUCAGCUGGCUGUCCCUGGCAGGCCAGCAGGACUUCUUCAAGCUGGUGCGCCCGCCCUACUCGUACUCGGCGCUCAUAGCCAUGGCCAUCCAGAGCGCGCCCGACAAGAAGCUCACCUUGAGCCAGAUCUACCAGUACGUGGCCGGCAACUUCCCCUUCUACAAGAAGAGCAAAGCCGGCUGGCAGAACUCCAUCCGACACAACCUCUCGCUCAACGACUGCUUCAAGAAGGUGCCCAGGAACGAGGACGACCCAGGUAAAGGCAAUUAUUGGACCCUGGAUCCUAACUGUGAGAAGAUGUUUGAUAAUGGCAACUUCAGGAGGAAGAGGAAAAGGCGAUCUGACCUAGCAAAUGGGCCUGGAGUCCCUAACAAAGUGGAAGACAAAAGCAAGAGCUGUCUUGCCCAACAAGCCCCAGACUUGGGCUCUGCUGAACUGCCCUGCUCUCCAAGUCCUAUGAACCACUGCAAAUCCUCCAGCCGUUGUUUAUCUACAUCAGGAAGUGCAGGCAGCCAGCUUUCUCCCACCAGAGGGGAGAGCACUGAGCGGAGGGCACAGGCCUGGACCCUUCCCUCAUACGCGGGUGGGUGUCGCCUUCGACACUGCGCCCAGUCUCCUGGCCCACAGGAUCCUUCCAGUGACAUCUCAGAGCAAGAAGCCAAACAGAAGGAAUCAGAAACAGGGAAUAACAUUCUGGCUCAACUUUUGGAUCAGGCAGCUCGUGCCAGAUUAAGUAAUUUAGCGCUUGUGAAACCGGAAAAAGGCAAAAGCAAUGGAGAAUUACCUUAUACAGAUGGGCAGUUAGGUGGGAAGGUAACUGAACAAGCGUUGAUAGAAAUACUUGAAAAAGUGAGUCAGCAAACUGACAAGAAAACAGCGGUAAAGUUCAACAGAAGGAAAGUUUUGGAUCCUGAUAAGGAAGAUUAA